AUGCGUCGUGCGCCCGUCGUACCUGCAUGUAGCGGUGCUGAGGGUUUUGUGAAUGGCGUCGCGCCUAAAUACGACCGAUCAAUAGUCUGUCGCGGUGCUUCCAAGACACGAAUGCUGCUUUGUCGACAAUAUUUGCACGCAGCUGCAAACAAGUGCACCAACCGCAGUGAUGAUGAUGGUUGUGAUGAGUCAUGUGCGGAAUUGAGGUCACAGAUAACUGGACGUCUAUUGGCAGAUGUGGUGAAAUAUGCAAAUCCCUCGAAUGAUGACGAGGGUGCGGUGCAGCCGAUGUCCCCACAAGAUGCGUUAACGCGUUGUGAAGACAAAAACGCGACUAGGGCUGGUUGGGGCUUGUCUGCAUUGGGAAUGUAA